GUAGGAUAUUGGCUGUGUGUGGUAUGCAUCCUGACCAUCAGGAAACUCUGAAAAAGAACAGAGUGGUGCUGGCCAAACAGCUGCUGCUGAGCGAACUGUUAGAACAUCUCCUGGAAAAGGACAUCAUCACUUUGGAGAUGAGGGAGCUCAUCCAGGCCAAAGGGGGCAGUUUCAGCCAGAAUGUGGAACUCCUCAACCUGCUGCCCAAGAGGGGACCCCAGGCUUUUGAUGCCUUUUGUGAGGCCCUUCGAGAGACCAGGCAAAGUCACUUGGAAGACUUACUGCUCACAACUCUGUCUGAUAUUCAGCAUGUACUCCCACCGUUGGGCUGUGACAAUGACACAAGUCUCCCUUUCUCGGUGUGUGAGAGCUGCCCCCCUCAUAAGCAGCUCCGCCUGUCCACAGGUACUAUGGAACACUCCCUAGAUAAUGGUGAUGGUCCUCCCUGCCUUCAGGUGAAGCCAUGCACUCCUGAGUUUUAUCAGGCACACUACCAGCUGGCCUAUAAGUUGCAGUCUCAGCCUCGUGGCCUGGCGCUGGUGUUGAGUAAUGUGCACUUCACUGGAGAGAAAGACCUGGAAUUUCGCUCUGGAGGGGAUGUGGACCAUAAUACUCUAGUCACGCUCUUCAAGCUUUUGGGCUAUAAUGUCCAUGUUCUACACGACCAGACUGCACAGCAAAUGCAAGAGAAACUUCAGAAGUUUGCACAAUUACCUGCACACCGGGUCACAGACUCCUGCAUAGUGGCACUCCUCUCACACGGUGUGGAAGGUGGCAUCUACGGUGUGGAUGGCAAACUGCUUCAGCUCCAGGAGGUUUUUCGACUUUUUGACAAUGCUAACUGUCCAAGUCUGCAGAACAAGCCGAAAAUGUUCUUCAUCCAAGCAUGCCGUGGAGAUGAGACAGAUCGAGGGGUCGACCAGCAAGAUGGAAAGAAUCACCCCCAAUCCCCUGGCUGUGAGGAGAGUGAUGCUGGCAAGGAGGAGUUAAUGAAGAUGAGGCUGCCUACGCGCUCAGACAUGAUAUGUGGCUACGCUUGCCUUAAAGGCACCGCUGCCAUGCGGAACACCAAGCGGGGUUCCUGGUACAUUGAAGCACUUACUCAGGUUUUCUCUGAAAGAGCAUGUGACAUGCACGUGGCCGACAUGUUGGUUAAGGUGAACGCCCUUAUCAAAGAGCGCGAAGGCUACGCCCCCGGCACAGAAUUCCACCGCUGCAAGGAGAUGUCCGAGUACUGCAGCACGCUGUGCCGGCAGCUCUACCUGUUCCCCGGCCACCCACCCACGUGACGCCGCGGCUCUUCGCGCUGUCGGAGGCCACCGGACCAACCA